UCUUGUGCAGGUUUCCUCCGUUAUCAGGUGAACAUGGAGGAGAACACAUGCAGAUCUGUGUGGUUUUUCCCCAGCAGAUUGUAUAACAAUAGUGAAAGUAAAAGUAGACGGCUCAGAAGAUCAUGGCCACCUCACGAGUUGUCCUCCUUCUCCUCCUUCUCCAUUCAGUUGCAGCUUUCAGGUUCUUUGUCCCGAACACUCAUAAAGCAUUUCUGGGGGGAAAUGUGCAGAUCCCGUGCUCGUUCACCGUGGAUAAACCUCCAGUCGACCGCACGCUGCUUGUGAUAACUUGGUAUUUUCAAGGAAUACAAGUCUUAAGAGUCGAUGACAAAUCAGAGACAACAACAAAUCCAAGACUGUCCUAUGUGGACGGAGCCUGGGACGGGGGCGCCGAUCUGCUUAUUUCAAACCUAACGCUAUCUGAUGGCGGCCUUUACAAAUGCUCUGUCCUAUACGGCUCACAGAGGAAGGAGGGGGAAGUCCGGCUGGACAUUCAAGCUCUUCCAAAGGUGACAAUCACGGGAAAAACUGUUGUACUGAAUGAGAAGAGCGUCCUGAGCUGCUCCAUCACUGGAUUCUACCCGGAGGACCUUGGUAUUAAAUGGUUCAGGGGCUCGGAGAUGCUGAGGGAUGUCACUACAGAUGAGCCCUGGAGGAACCCAGACAGGACUUACACUGUGAACAGCUCGGUGACAAUAAUCCCCACCGACGAGGACAGAAAGCUGAGCUUCUCAUGUACAGUCCAACAUGAAUCUCUACAGGAACCUCUCCAAGAAACGUUCCAACUUUUAUAUGGAGCCAUCCCAACUGUGCACAUCCUUCCCCACACUUUUAAAAAAAAUGUAGAACAGCCAUUGGUCUGUCACGUCUCUGGGUUUUACCCAGAAUCCAUUGUGGUGAAUUGGUUCUUGAACGGGACAUCUGUGGAUAAAACCGAAACAAGGAGAAUUAACAGCUCAGCCCUGGAAGCUGUCCUCCAAUUCAUGCCAACAGAGGAGAACUGGGGUACGGAGGUCUCCUGUGUGGUGGAACAUGAAACCCUACUACGUCCGAAAGUUCAGAGCCUGAUCAUACUGGGGAAAGAUCUGAAGGCACAUUACAAACCUCUCGUUGUAGCGGUCGCCCUAUUACUGUCUGCUGGAUUAGGAGCUGGGACCAUUUUCUUUUAUGUGUACAGAUACAGACAGAAACGCCAUCCAAAGCUAAGGAACAUCACACAGGUGACAGACGGCAGCUUCACUUUGAAUGUGGACCAUUUUUACCCCAAAGAAAUCUCAGUCACCUGGGAAAUCUUUCAACCUUCUUCAAGUAAAACCCCACAGAACCUGGAAUCUACAAACAUCAUGGAAGAAAACCCAGAUGGCACUUUUAAUGUGACCAGCACCACUGAAAGCCUCAGAGACAAAGUCAUCGCAGGAGAGGAGUAUACCCUGCGUGCUACGGUGACUCACCGGAAACUGAAGCAUCCGUCCUACAAAGAAUGGACGCCUCAUCAGAACAAAGACAACACAUAUUUAAUGUCUUCUCCAGAACUGGGGGAAAUAUUGACACCAAAUCUGACGCUGAACAGCCAGACGCCGCUCCAGUGCACAAUCUCACGUUUUUACCCCGAUAAUCUCACUGUGAACUGGAUUAAGAAAGUAAAGGGUAAUGAGGAAAUAAUGAAGACGUCUGAGAAAUACAAGAUUACACCUCACACGUCACAGAAGCAGCGCGACAAGACAUUUACCUGCACAGCAUGUCUACUGCUCACCCCAUCGCUGGAGGAUCAAGGCGCAGAGAUCAUCUGUAGAGUCGCACAUCCCAGCCUGGAGCAGCCGGCGGAGAGGAGCACAGGACGGAUACAAGUGUGCGUAAAACCUACACUCGACCAUCCCAUACAGCUUUCCAUCAGUGACUCCGGAGAUGUGAUAGCAGCUUUAUCUCUUCUAAAGUUUUAUCCUAAAGACAUAAGGAUCACAUGGAGCGAUGGUCAAUCCCAGGAGAAGAGGCCGUCAGAGGAAAGAGCCGCCGAAAAUCCGGACGGCACCUUCUCCAUUACUACAAGGUGUACAAUCCCCGGGCAGAGCUUUAACGACGUGGAUUUUAAACUGAAAGUGACAUGGAAACAUAAAACAAUGGACCGGGCAGAAAGCAGAGAGAUGUCUGUAAGAGAUGCAGAUUUUCCUUGGCGUCCAAGAAUUGUGGAAAUGACUCCUCUGAUUCUGCAAAUGGGCAAACAGACGGCAGUCACUUGCAAAAUCUCAAUGUUUUUCCCUGAUAACUUGACGGUGAACUGGUACGAGAAGGUGGGGGAAUCUGUAACACCGUGUAUGGAUGGAACUUACAGAAUGUCUAUCAAACCGGAGAGAACUGCUGAUAACCUGCGCUCCUGCUCAGCCUCCUUAUCAUUCAUGGUUCUGUCAGAGCCGGACGACCUCGAAUUUAUCUGCAAAGUUUCACAUCCCAGCCUAAAGGAUCCAAUAGAAUGGAGCACAAAGAAAGCGAUGAAGAGGGUGACUCCGCGGAUGGUGAAGCCGGUGAAGUUAACCCCCGAUGCAUCAGACACAGUGACCUGCUCCAUGAGUUUAUUAAAGUUUUAUCCAUCAAGUAUUAAUAUUACCUGGAAUAAUAUGGCAGAUAAUAAACCAAUCCCUUCAACCAGAAAACUUAUCCAGACGGACGAGGAACAGACCUUUGAUGCUACAAGUGAAUGCACAGUUCCCUGGAAAGAUUUCAGCUCUGGAGUGCGAGUGACUUGGGAGCAUGAAUCCCUGACAUCUCCUCAGCAUCACGACCUCCGUGUAACAGAUCUUCCCUGGCGUCCGGUCGUUGAAGAAAUAGAGAAACCCGUUUUCCAUGUGAACACUGAAGCCAGAUUACAGUGUAAAAUCUCUCAGUACUUUCCAAACGAUCUCACUGUGACCUGGUACAGGAAGACAAAAAGUGGAUAUGGAAAGCUAACUGAGAACACUACAACCACAGCAGAGAGACAGCCUGACAACACGUACAGCUGUACCGCCAGCCUGGUAGUCAGACCAUCCAUACGAGACCAUGAUGGAGCAGAGAUCAUCUGCACAGUGCAGCAUCCGAGCUCAGAGCAACACGUGGAGAAAUCUACAGGACCAAUGCAAGUCUAUGCUUCUCCCAGGAUGCAGGAGCCCAUACGGUGGUCUCUCGGACAGAGAGGAGAAGGUCUCUGUACUCUCAGCUUGCAGGGUUUUUACCCCAAGCCGAUAGACAUCAAGUGGAGCUGCAGUUCAGACAGUGAAGUAACAUCCAGAGAAACCUAUGAAGAGAAUCCAGACUCAACCUACAAUGUGAGGAGUCAGUGCACCGUCCCGGAGGAGGUCAUCACCGACCAUGACUUUAAGAUCAUAGUCACCUGGAGCCACGGAUCACUGUGUGGACCAGAAAGGAGAGAGAUGUACAUAAGGGACGCAGGUCUACCCUGGCGCCCAGAAGUCGGAGAGAUAUCCACACCAAUUAUCUUAAUCAAUAAAGAAGUAAACGUGCACUGUGACAUCAGCGGAUACUUCCCCAAUAAACUGACCGUCACCUGGUUUGUGAAGGAGAGAGGACGCGAUGAUUAUGUCCCCGCAGAAAAGUACCAAUGCCGGAUCGAGCCCAUAGCAGCCCAAUAUUCAGACACUGGAUACCGCUGUAAAGCCUCAUUACACGUCCACUCAUUUCCCAUACAUUACCAUGGGAUUCAGUUCAUGUGUGAAGUACAGCACCCGAGCCUGGAUCGCCCCAUAGAGAGAAGCACAGAACCUCUCUUCAUCUCAUUGACUCCGCCGAUAGCGAAGCCGGUGACGUUAACCCCCGGUGCAUCAGACACAGUGACCUGCUCCAUGAGUUUAUUAAAGUUUUAUCCAUCAAGUAUUAAUAUUACCUGGAAUAAUAUGGCAGAUAAUAAAUCAAUCCCUUCAACCAGAAAACUUAUCCAGAUGGACGAGGAACAGACCUUUGAUGCUACAAGUGAAUGCACAGUUCCCUGGAAAGAUUUCCGCUCUGGAGUGCGAGUGACUUGGGAGCAUGAAUCCCUGACAUCUCCUCAGCAUCACGACCUCCGUGUAACAGAUCUUCCCUGGCGUCCGGUCGUUGAAGAAAUAGAGAAACCCGUUUUCCAUGUGAACACUGAAGCCAGAUUACAGUGUAAAAUCUCUCAGUACUUUCCAAACGAUCUCACUGUGACCUGGUACAUGAAGAGGAAGGUGAAGAGAAAUCUAAACCUAACCGAGGACACUACAACCACUGCCGAAAGACAGCCUGACAACACGUACAGCUGUACCGCCAGCCUGGUAGUCAGACCAUCCAUACAAGACCAUGAUGGAGCAGAGAUCAUCUGCACAGUGCAGCAUCCGAGCUCAGGGCAACACGUGGAGAAAUCUACAGGACCAAUGCAAGUCUAUGCUUCUCCCAGGAUGCAGGAGCCCAUACGGUGGUCUCUCGGACAGAGAGGAGAAGGUCUCUGUACUCUCAGUUUGCAGGGUUUUUACCCCAAGCCGAUAGAAAUCACGUGGAGCUGCAGUUCACACAGUGAAGUAACAUCCAGAGAAACCUAUCAACACAAUCCAGACUCAACCUACGAUGUGAGGAGUGAGUGCACCGUCCCGGAGGAGGACAUCACCGACCAUGACUUUAAGAUCAUAGUCACCUGGAGCCACGGAUCACUGGGUGGACCAGAAAGGAGAGAGAUGUACAUAAGGGACGCAGGUCUACCCUGGCGCCCAGAAGUCGGAGAGAUAUCCACACCAAUUAUCUUAAUCAAUAAAGAAGUAAACGUGCACUGUGACAUCAGCGGAUACUUCCCCAAUAAACUGACCGUGACCUGGUUUGUGAAGGAGAGAGGACGCGAUGAUUAUGUCCCCGCAGAAAAGUACAAAUCCCGGAUCGAGCCCAUAGCAGCCCAAUAUUCAGACACUGGAUACCGCUGUAAAGCCUCAUUACACGUCCACUCAUUUCCCAUACAUUACCAUGGGAUUCAGUUCAUGUGUGAAGUACAGCACCCGAGUCUGGAUCGCCCCAUAGAGAGAAGCACGGGACCUCUCUUCAUCUCAUUGACUCCGCCGAUAGCGAAGCCGGUGAAGUUAACCCCCGGUGCAUCAGACACAGUGACCUGCUCCAUGAGUUUAUUAAAGUUUUAUCCAUCAAGUAUUAAGAUUACCUGGAAUAAUAUGGCAGAUAAUAAACCAAUCCCUUCAACCAGAAAACUUAUCCAGACGGACGAGGAACAGACCUUUGAUGCUACAAGUAAAUGCACAGUUCCCUGGAAAGAUUUCCGCUCUGGAGUGCGAGUGACUUGGGAGCAUGAAUCCCUGACAUCUCCUCAGCAUCACGACCUCCGUGUAACAGAUCUUCCCUGGCGUCCGGUCGUUGAAGAAAUAGAGAAACCCAUUUUCCAUGUGAACACUGAAGCCAGAUUACAGUGUAAAAUCUCUCAGUACUUUCCAAAUGAUCUCACUGUGAUCUGGUACAAGAAGAUAAAUAGGGGAUAUCUAAAGCUAACUGAGAACACUACACCUACAGCAGAGAGACAGCCUGACAACACGUACAGCUGUACCGCCAGCCUGGUAGUCAGACCAUCCAUACAUAACCAUGAUGGAGCAGAGAUCAUCUGCACAGUGCAGCAUCCGAGCUCAGAGCAACACGUGGAGAAAUCUACAGGACCAAUGCAAGUCUAUGCUUCUCCCAGGAUGCAGGAGCCCAUACGGUGGUCUCUCGGACAGAGAGGAGAAGGUCUCUGUACUCUCAGUUUGCAGGGUUUUUACCCCAAGCCGAUAGACAUCAAGUGGAGCUGCAGUUCAGACAGUGAAGUAACAUCCAGAGAAACCUAUCAAGACAAUCCAGACUCAACCUACAAUGUGAGGAGUGAGUGCACCGUCCCGGAGGAGGUCAUCACCGACCAUGACUUUAAGAUCAUAGUCACCUGGAGCCACGGAUCACUGGGUGGACCAGAAAGGAGAGAGAUGUACAUAAAGGGACGCAGGUAAUAAUAAAGAUGAUCCGCAGUCAGGAUGUAAAGCGGAAAACCACAGUAUACCGCAGGAAUCAAUGCUCCCCUAGACAACAAUGACUCCGGCGUUACACGUUCCAUCAAGGCGAGGCGUUGCGGCCAGCUGCUCAGUGUAAAUUGCUGCCUUCUCCUAACUCUAUAAUUUGACUGUAGAGCAAUAAACACAUAAGACGCACCGGGGCCCAACAACCCUCAUGAUGAAGGAGCCAUGACAUUAGUUGAACCUAUUUGCUGCUGGAGGUAUAAUAUAUCCUCAUUCAUCUUCGUCUUCUGCACACGGACUACAGCCUGCAGGACCAGGGGGAAAAAAUGCAAAUCUUUAAAUUUAUGGGGGUCUUAUCCUUUUCAUUCUCAGGAUGAGCGCGGUCUCAGACGUUGGACCUCCAGUGAUCAUGAUGUUCUGGUAUAUAAUGAUUUGAAAAUCUAUAAAUUUAUGGGGGUCUUAUUCUUCUCAUUCUCAGGAUGAGCGCGGUCACAGACUUUGGACCUCCAAUGAGCAUGAUGUUCUGGUAUAUAAUGAUUUUCUAUAAUAUUAUAAAAACAAAUACCUAAUUAACCUGUUUAUGACUGUGUGCUGUAAAUGUACUGUGUGAGUGCCCGGCUGUAUAACUGCUCCUGCUUUGUGUCCUCUCGUGUAGUGUUGGGUGCGAAUAUUGCAACUUCGAGAAUUCGCGAAAAUUUUGAAUAUAGUGCUAUAUAGUCGUAUUUACAAAUAUUCUAGAUUUUAUUUUCAUCAGAAC